UUUAAAGUAUUGUUGAGUUUUCAGUUUUCGCUUACAAAUCACUCAUCUACUUGUAUAUUUUCACUUUCAACUGCUUCUUAGCUUCACUUUGAAUUCAUACUUUGGAUGUUCUUCUUCUUCCAUUAACUUUUUCCUUCUUUAUUUCAUUUUGGGUCUCAAAUUUUUGUGCCACACCAAACCUGAAUUUGCUUAAUAUGGGUCUAUAAUGGGUUGGUAGGUCAAGUUUUAGAUUGUGAGAAUCAUAGAAAUGGAUGAUUGUUUCAGGAUCCUAGAAUUUCUUUCUACAGUUGUUUUACAAGUUUAGUUCUGCUAUUGUGUUUUGUUAAUGUCAAAGUUUUCUCAGCGAUUUUUGUAAGGACUGGUGACCAUCUCUGUUGCUUCUUGAAGCUUUAUUGAAUAAAAAAUAGCAUAUGGGAAAGCAAAAUUCCCCAAGAAGUCCACGUCCAGAGCCCCUGGACGAUGACUUAUCGUUAAGGAUGAAAGAGUGUCAGAUUAGAUCUUCAGAAAAUGGCAAUGAUCCUUCUAUUGGGAGAAGAAUGUCAGGGGGAGAUAACCAUUGGAAUUCCAAGAUGGUGUUACCUUAUGGUUGGAAAAAUGAUAAUGCAAAAUAUACUACUUGUAAGACUAGCUAUAUAGGGAAAAAGCAUUUAUGGCUUCGAAAGCAUGUAAAGUCGAUUUUUUUCAUGUUUGGGUUGAUGGGUCUCCUUUUCCUGCUAGAUUCUCUUAUGGUUUCUAUUUUUGAUUCAACAAGUCUUGAGACUAGUUCAGUUCCCGAUAAACCAAGUGGGCUUAAGGAAGAUGACAGAGAUAGCUACAUUGAAAGAGAAAAAUCACCAGUGCAUAUGUAUGACCGGCUUCUUAAUUUGGCUUCUAGUGCUCUUACAGAGAAAGAGUUUAGGCAAGAGCCGUCAAAUUUCUGGAAUGAACCAUACGACCGGGCAUCUAUAUGGAAACCUUGUGCUGAUAGAAAACCUUCUACAAGUCGAGGGAGACAUGAUCAAAGUAAUGGCUACAUAUUAGUCAGUGCGAAUGGUGGUCUUAAUCAACAACGAGUUGCUAUUUGUAAUGCUGUCGCCGUGGCAUCACUUCUUAAUGCAACUCUUGUUCUGCCAAGAUUUCUUUACAGCAAUGUAUGGAAGGAUCCUAGCCAAUUUGGUGAUAUUUACCAAGAGACAUAUUUUAUGGAUAUUAUGAAGGAUGAAAUCGAUAUUGUUAAGGAACUCCCUCCUGAUUUGAAAUCAGUGGAGAUUGAAGCAGUUGGUAGUCUUAUUACUGAUUCUGAUAUUGUGAAAGAGGCAAAGCCAGUUGAUUAUAUAAGAAUAGUACUACCUAUCCUCCUGAAGAACAGAGUUGUUCACUUCCUGGGAUUUGGAAAUCGGCUUGGCUUUGAUCCAUUGCCUUUUGAGCUUCAGAGAUUGAGAUGCAAGUGUAAUUUCCAUGCUUUAAAGUUUGUGCCAAAGAUUCAACAAGUUGGUUCACUGUUAGUUAGAAGGAUAAGAAAAUACGAUGCUGCAAAUAGUAUGUUGGAUAAACAAUUGUUUGGAAAGUUCAUGCCUAGCCUUUCCUACAAGGAGCAUGAAGUUGCAAAAGGCCCUUCCAAAUAUCUUGCUUUACACCUGAGGUUUGAAGUUGAUAUGGUUGCUUACUCUCUUUGUGAAUUUGGAGGUGGUGGCACUGAGAGAAAGGAACUUCAGACCUACAGAGAAAUCCAUUUUCCUCUGCUCAUUGAGCGUUUGAAGAAUUCAAAGCCUGUUUCUCCAACAGAGUUAAGAAAGUUGGGGAGGUGUCCAUUGACACCAGAAGAAGCAGCACUUGUUCUAGCUGGUCUUGGUUUUAAGCGGGGAACAUACAUUUAUCUAGCUGGCUCUCAUGUAUAUGGUGGAAAAUCCAGAAUGCAAUCCUUCACCAGCCUCUAUCCUAACUUGGUCACGAAGGAAUCUCUCCUCACACACACUGAACUUGCACCUUUCAGAAACUUCUCUUCUCAGCUAGCAGCAUUGGACUUCAUAGCAUGUGCAAGUGCUGAUGUUUUUGCAAUGACUGAUUCUGGGAGCCAAUUAUCGUCGUUGGUGUCUGGUUAUCGAACAUAUUAUGGAGAAGGUCAUGCUCCUAGUUUGAGGCCUAACAAGAAGAGGCUAGCACAAAUUUUGUCAGAUAAUAGCACCAUUGAAUGGAACAGUUUUGAAGACAGAGUCAAAAAGAUGAUUGAGGAAGGCCAGAGGAUUCGUGUUAGGGGUUUUGGUCGAAGCAUUUAUCGACAGCCAAGGUGCCCAGAAUGCAUGUGCAAAUCCCAAUAAGUACAUUUCCUUCAACUCCUCAAUCCUUUAAGCAGAUGACACGUGUCUCACUGUUUUCAACUCCCUUUUUUAGAUUUUUUUU